ACCCUUGACGUCGCAGCACGGCUGUGCUGUCAUUCGGCGGCGGCUAGAGGACACGGUUAAGAUGGCGGGGGUGUCUGGGCUAGUACGGAGACCCCUUCAGCAGGUUUCCGGGCUGCUUAGGAGGCGCUUUCACCGGACGGCGCCGGCGGCGCUGCAGGUGACAGUUCGUGAGGCUAUAAAUCAAGGCAUGGAUGAAGAGCUGGAAAGAGAUGAGAAGGUAUUUCUGCUUGGGGAAGAAGUUGCCCAGUAUGAUGGGGCAUACAAGGUUAGUCGAGGCCUAUGGAAGAAAUAUGGAGAUAAGAGAAUCAUAGACACACCCAUAUCUGAGAUGGGCUUUGCUGGAAUUGCAGUAGGUGCAGCUAUGGCUGGGUUGCGGCCCAUUUGUGAAUUUAUGACCUUCAAUUUCUCUAUGCAAGCUAUCGACCAGGUUAUAAACUCAGCUGCCAAGACCUACUACAUGUCAGCAGGCCUUCAGCCUGUGCCCAUAGUCUUCAGGGGGCCCAAUGGUGCCUCAGCAGGUGUAGCUGCCCAGCACUCACAGUGCUUUGCUGCCUGGUAUGGGCACUGCCCAGGCUUAAAGGUAGUCAGCCCCUGGAAUUCAGAGGAUGCAAAAGGACUUAUUAAAUCAGCCAUUCGGGAUAACAAUCCAGUGGUGAUGCUAGAAAAUGAAUUGAUGUAUGGAGUUCCUUUUGAACUUCCUCCAGAAGCUCAGUCAAAAGACUUUCUGAUUCCUAUUGGAAAAGCCAAAAUAGAAAGGCCAGGGACACAUAUAACUGUAGUUGCCCAUUCGAGACCUGUGGGUCACUGCUUAGAAGCUGCAACAGUGCUGUCUAAAGAGGGAAUUGAAUGUGAGGUAAUAAAUAUGCGGACCAUCAGACCAAUGGAUAUUGAAACAAUAGAAGCCAGUGUCAUGAAGACCAAUCAUCUCGUAACUGUGGAAGGGGGCUGGCCACAGUUUGGAGUAGGAGCUGAAAUUUGUGCCAGGAUCAUGGAAGGCCCUGCAUUCAACUUCCUGGAUGCUCCUGCAGUUCGUGUCACCGGUGCUGACGUCCCGAUGCCUUAUGCAAAGAUUCUAGAAGACAACUCUGUACCUCAGGUUAAAGACAUCAUAUUCGCAAUAAAGAAAACAUUGAAUGUCUAGUUUUGACUUGAAUAUCAAAUCAUUGGGAUUUAUUUAAAGUACUUGCUGACACUACCUGGAUUGACUUUAUGAUUCAUAAAUGUUUUUGUACUGGGAAAAAGUUUAAAUGUGCUUGUAUCUGGAAAAACUCCAUCCUUACUGCCUGCAAUUCCAUGCCUGUUUUUUUUGUCUGUUACAAUUGCCGUUUCUUUGAGUAAGACCAAUGUAAAAUUGUACCCUCUCACUGGAAGGACAAGGUGUGAAAGUGGCAGAGUCCUAAUGAAAGAUUUAUCCAAAAACAGGCAACUUGUAUGUAAAAAUAAAAGCAUAUGAUCUACAUUUCCUGUUAGAUUGUUUUGAUAAGGAAUAAAGGGAUCCCUAACUAUGA